CCCAUCCCUAACUCAUCGCCUCACCCUCCGGCUCCGAUCAUCCGUGUAUGGGCUGGUGAUUCGUUCUUUGCCGGGCUGCCUGUCUUUCGUCUUGCCGUUCCUGCCUGUACCGUCGCUUUCGGGGGUUAAUGUCUAACUGCUCUAAAAUAAUUGCCAUUCCUCGUCCCGGUACUUAAUCGCCUGUCACCCCCCCUCCCCAGUACUCUCCUCCUCCUUGCAUCUUCUUCCCCAAUCACACUCGCUCGCUCGCAGAACGGUUGUGGUCGACCUCCUGAGCUGCAACGGACGGACACAUAUCACCGUCGUUUAUCACCCUCACUUCGCUCACGACUACCAUCAACCCGUACUGCGGUACCUGACAGUCGCUAUGGAUAUCGUUUUGGGUGUCUUCGACACCUUUCUGUUCGAUCGGUUCUACGCGACGAUUCUCCCCGGUGCGGCAUUCCCGUCCGCCGGCAAUGCCACGGCCCCGAUCAUUGAGAGGAAGCCGAUCGAGUUGGACUCCGUUUCGGAGUACUUCGGCUGGCAGCCGUCGGAGUAUGCACAUGCCUCACGACUCGAAAGGGACAAUGACGUUCGGCUAUUGCUUUCGCUCUUCCUCAUCACAUGGCUCUUCGGAUAUGUCAUCUACUUCACGUUCGCGACGUUCUCCUACGUCUUCAUUUUCGACAAGGACACCUUCAAGCACCCCAAAUUCCUCAAGAACCAGAUGCGCCAGGAAAUCGUGCAGUCGAUGGUGUCGAUGCCCGUGAUGGCCGUCUUCACCGCCCCGCUCUUCUACGCCGAAGUCAAGGGCUACUCUAAGCUGUACAUGGACGCCGAGAAAUACGGCAUGUGGUACAUCAUCGCGCAGUUCCCGAUAUUCCUGAUGUUCACCGAUUGCGGAAUCUACUGGAUCCACCGUGCCCUGCACCACCCGACCAUCUACAAGCACCUGCACAAGCCGCACCACAAGUGGAUCAUGCCCACGCCGUACGCCUCGCACGCCUUCCACCCUUUCGACGGCUUCGCGCAGAGCGUGCCCUACCACGUUUUCCCCUUCAUCCUGCCGCUCCACAAGUUCAGCUAUCUGAUCCUGUUCACCUUCAUCAACAUUUGGACCGUGAUGAUCCACGACGGUGAAUACGUUGCCAACUCCCCCAUCAUCAAUGGCGCCGCCUGCCACACCAUGCACCACCUGUACUUCAACUACAACUACGGCCAGUUCACGACGCUGUGGGACCGCCUCGGUGGCUCGUACCGCAAGCCCAACAUGGAACUGUUCUACCGCGAGACGAAGAUGAACUCCAAGGAGUGGCAAAAGCAGGUCAAGGAGAUGGAGGAUAUUGUGCAGGAGGUCGAGGGCGACGACUCCUUCCGCGAGUACGCUGCUGCUCCGGUCGAGGAUAAGAAGACCAAGUAGAUGUGCCGCGAGAGAAAAUACGCAGUGGCGUGUUGUACAAAAGCGAGACGAGGCUGUAAUGGGAGAGUGGCGGUGUGGGAGGAUGCAGUGCGCGGCGGUGUUUUCGAGGUGAGAGUCGGUUUCUGAGUCGUUUGGGCAGACGUACAGGUCAAUAGCAGAAGGCUAGUCUGUAUGUCUGCCGUCUGACUUUGAAACCGUCUUCUCACCUCUUUCCUCCUUUUGCGUUUUGGGUCGCAACGGAUAUCCGGAGUUUGUGUUUUUCUUGUUUACUUUUUUCUUUGUUUCAUGAAUAGUAGCACGGUGGAUGGUGUGACAAAAGUGCGUG